GGCAACUUUUACAAUUUUAUGUUUGCAAAAAUUGCAUUAUAUUGUGGGUUACAAAGCUGUAUUGAUACAACAUUUUCGAUUAGGAGUUAAAGCCUUAAAUGACCGCCGAUGUGGUGUCGUUGAAUCAUGUCUGAAGAUUGCGAGGAGUCGAGUAAUUCGAAGUUGGAAGCGAGCGAUGAUAAACCUUUUGAAUGCGAUGAUUGUAAUAUGAAAUUUGCCACUUCGUUUGAUCUGGAAACACAUAAAAUAUUAUCUGCUGCAAAGGUCGACUCUGAUCGUCGUAGAGAAUCACAGAGUAGCGCAGAAACCCCUCCAGAGUCAGCUGCAGAAGAAAACACAGAGAAAGUUUACGAGUGUGAUGUUUGUGGAAAAAAGUGUGCAAAGCAAGGUAACUUAACAACACAUAAGAGAGUUCAUGAGAGGCCUACAUAUGAGUGCGAUGUUUGCAAUAAAAUAUUUCACCAUUUAAAUCGCCUGGAACGGCAUAAAAUUUCACAUACCGGAGAAAAACCGCACGAAUGUGAUGUUUGUAAGAAGAGGUUUACACAAUUGUGUAACUUGAAGAGGCACAUUCAGAUACACACCGGAGAGAAACCACAUGAAUGUGAUAUAUGCCAAAGAAGGUUUUCUCAGGCCACCGAUUUGGUUAGACACAAAACAUUACACACUGGAGAGAGACCCUAUGAAUGUGAUGUUUGCAAUAAAAGGUUCCCACAUUCAGGGUACUUAACCGUACAUAAAAAAACACACUCGGAAAGUGAACAGAAAGUAUGUGAUGUUUGUAACAAGACAUUUUCAACCCCAGCUUCCUUAGCACAACAUAGAAAAAUACACACAGGAAAUGGUACAUAUGAUUGUGAUGUUUGUAUGAAAAGGUUUAGGGCACCUGGUUAUUUAGCCAUACAUAAAAGAACACACACAGGAGAGAAACCAUUUGAAUGUGAUGUUUGUAACAAGACAUUUACACAAUCAACUGGUUUGAUAGCACAUAAAAGAGUCCACACUGGGGAGAGACCCUAUGAGUGUGAUGUCUGUAACAAGACAUUUUCACAAUCAGCCCAUUUAGCGACACACAAAAGAACACAUACCGGCUUCAAGCCUCAUGAGUGUGAUAUUUGCAAUAGGAGAUUCUCUGACAAGAGGUGCUUUGUGAAACAUAGAAAGAACAAGCAUCCAAAUGAGAAUUAUAUGUGUGAUGUUUUCAAGGAGACAUUUCUUCAGCCAGCUGACUUAGCAACACAUAAACUUGUGCACUUUACUGCUGAGAAUAUGUCUGACUCUUGUGAGAAUAUGCUUGCGGCAUCAAAUGUUGUAGCCUUUGUAUGUAUCGAAAGAGCACAAGACCUUGACACUUGCAAUGAGGAAUUCUCCCAAUCAUCUGAUUUGGAGGCACAUAAAUCAUCUUGUGAAGCAGCACAAAUUGUUCAUGUCGGUAAUGACUUAGGGUCAUUGAACAAUUUGGAAUUACAUGAAGCUGAAAAGAAUAUAUCUGAGGCACAUUGUGAAAAUGAUUGCAAUAUUGAAUUGAGACAGUGCAAUAUUGAAUUGACUCAUUUACCAAAUAAUAUAUCUGAGUCUUGUGUGGAAAUGCAUGACCAGGAAGUUUACAAAUGUGACACUUGCAAUGUGGAAUUUGCCCAAUCAACUGAUUUGGAGGCACACAGAACAUCUUGUGGACCGACACAAACUUUUGAUGUUGUUGAUAACUUAGAUUCAUCGACCAAUGUGGAAUUCGCUAACGAGAAAAGAUCUGAGGCACCUUGUGAAAAUAAUAUUAGCAACAUUGAAUUGACUCAAUCAGAAGAUUUGGAGACAAAUGAAACAUCUUCUCCACAAGUAAUGCCUGAAAAUUCUGAAGAUGGAUUAAACACUCCAGAAUUUAUAAAUGAAACUUAUGAGUGUGAUGUUUGCCAAUUAAAAUGUGCCCAGUUGUCAGAUUUGGAAGCACACAAAAUUGCAUGUGCAUCAAAGCAAGACAUACCUAAAGAUGAUGCAGAAGUUGACUCUUUGAAAUUAGGUGAAUCUUCAGAUUUGGAAAUGCAUAAACCAUCAUGUUCGACAGCAGAAAUUGAAACAGAACAAGCUGAGUCGCUGCCCUCAACAUUGGACAGUUUGGACUUACCGAAGGAAGGAACAAAAGGCAAACCCUAUGAAUGUGAUGUUUGUGGAAAGAGGUGUACCACAAAAGGCAACUUAACCAGACAUAAAACAGUUCAUGAUAGACCUAUAUAUGAAUGUGAUGUUUGCAAGAAAGUAUUUUGUCGAUCGAACCGCUUGAAAAGACAUAAAAUUUCUCAUACUGGAGAACAGCCCCAUGAAUGCAAAGUUUGUAAGAAGAGGUUUUCUCAGUUGGGUAACCUGAAGCGACACCUUCAAAUACACACUGGAGAGAAGCCCUAUGAAUGUGAUGUCUGUCAAACCCGAUUCACCCAGGCAACUGAUUUGGCAAGGCAUAAAACAUUACACUCUGGGGAAAAACCCUUUGAAUGUGAUGUGUGUAAAAAGAGAUUUCCUCACCUGGGUUAUUUAGCUGGACAUAAAAAAACACAUAAAGAUAAUGGAAAUUUUGAAUGUGAUAUUUGUAACAAGACAUUUUCCCGUCCAGACUUCCUAGCCAGACAUAGAAGAGUACAUACUGGAGAAUGUGCUCAAGAAUGUGAGAUUUGUUUUAAGCUGUAUUCCCACCCAGAAUCCUUAGCUAAGCAUAUGAAAAUACACACAGCAGAUAAGCACACCCUGCAUCAGUGUGUUGUUUGUAUGAAGGUAUUUUCUCACAGAUCAGCCUUGGUGAUCCAUAAUAGAACUCACACUGGCGAAAAACCUUUCGAAUGUGGUAUAUGUGAUAAAAAAUUUACCCAACAAAACGGUUUGAUUGCACAUCGGAGAACUCAUUCGGGAGAAAAACCCUACGAGUGUGAUGUUUGCAAGAAAAGAUUUGGCCAAACGGCUCACUUGGCAAGGCAUAAGAGAACCCACACUGGAGAAAAACCCUAUGAAUGUGACGUUUGUAAGAAAAGAUUUUGCGAUUCCAGGACCUUGGUGCAUCAUAGAAAAUCCCACGCUGAUAACCAGCCAAGCUUCAUCAUAUUAUCGCAGGAGGAAUGUGCAAGCAGUCUUUAUGAAUGUGAUGUUUGCAAGAUAUCUUUUACACAACCCAGUGAUUUAGAAGAACAUAAAAAAUCACACAACGGAGAUCCGUCACUUGAACUUAAUAUUUUAGCUGAAGCGAUUUUCGCAAAUAAUACAUUUGGCAGCAUACUUUAAGACGUGUUGAUUUAGUUUUUAAGGACGUGUUGAUUCUCUGGUCCUACAGAGUUCGUGUUUAUAUAAUUCGUCAAAUAAAUUUGAUGUUUCCCUGUUACUGUCUGUCUAGCCGAAGCGAUUUUGUCCUAAC